GAUUCCCUUUUCCAUUUCCCUUGUGCAUUUGUGUCGAGCUGUAUAAUUCCGUGGCUCAUGUCUUUUGGCACAAGCCAAUUAGCCAAAUAAAUACAUAGAAAAUCAACUACGUUAUUAUAAAUGUAACAAUUCUGGUCAAACAUGAUUAAUGUUGGUGUGUGCCACCGCUCACUAAGAAAUGGUGCGAGGAAAUGUAAAGAUGGGAGGGGAGAAAAUGGUUUCGGGUAGGCAACUGAAAUGACAGUUGCCAGUAGCAACAGCUGAAACUUUGCGGUUCUCCGACAAGACCCGUUGUAAAAGACUCGUUGAAGUAGUAGCGUUAAGUGAACGACACUGAUUUACGCAUCUCGAAGCUCGAAUACCCUUUUCUAAAGGCAGUCGACAUGGCAUCACCCCACAGAAGUCCAAAAGAUUUAAGGAAGAUGAUAAGAGAGACCAAACAGGACAUGGACGAUGUCCACAAGUCUUUGGAGAAACUGCGUGGCCUUUCCCUGGAAGAGAGGACGGAGUCAGGGAUGCUGCGGUCAAGGAUAGACGAGCAAUCGAGUUUGAUUUGCAUUUUGAAACAAAGAGCAGACGACAUGCUUCUUCGUUGUCAGGCUCUGGAGAGGAUCAACUCUGAGUUAGAAGACCUGAGAGCAGACGUACAGACCGAACUUGACAAGGAAAAGAAGAGAUCCAUGCAGUUAGAGCAAAGGUUUAUGGAUCUGGCAGCCAACCAUCAGGAGCUGAUACAUUUCAAGGACGAGUACAAAAGACAGAAUGCCAAACUAAAACAGGAGAAUGAACGACUUCAGGAAGAAAACAAGAAACUUUUCUCUAAAGACUUACAAGACAAAGAAGCAGUUGUUUUGAAACUAACACAAGAACUGAGAGACCUUGCAGAGCAACAUAGAAGUCUUGAUAAUGAAUAUCAGGGAAAAACAACUGGGUUCAAGACCAAACUUAAAGGGCUCAUGGAUCUCCAUCAUACUAAGGAGGCGUCCUUACAAGGUGAAUUGCAUGAUGCUCAAAGACAGCUGAGCAAUGCAGUGGAGAUGUGCACAGAACUUGAUCAACAGCUUAAAAAAGCAAGAGAAAAUGAUUCAUUGAAAGGGACAGAGAUGCAGAAAAAAAUGGAGGUCUUGGCCAAGGAAAAAGACAAAUUCUUGGAUCUCUCGAUGCAAAGGGGGAAACUAAUACAGGAUAAACAGGUGGAAAUCCAGCAGUUGGAGACAAAAAGGCAAGAGGUGGAAAAAAACAGGGCUGCUGCAGAAGAAAGGUUUGAAAGAGAGGCAGCUGUGGUGAACACUAAUUUGAAAGUCAAAGAACUCCAGCAUGCUCUUGAUCAGUCUGUGAACACUUGCAACAAGCUGACGAAGGAUUUUGAAGCCUAUAAAAACCACAGCACCGACCUACUUGAAAAGGAAAAGGAGUUAAAUGCCAAGCUGCGCCAUAUGAUUGGCUAAGACUACCUCCCAUUCCAUCCACCCAUUCACUGAUGUAAUAAGAUAGGAGUAUGAAUUUGCUUCUCUCCCAGGCCCACCCAUGGCUGUGCCCAUGCACAGUCAUGUGAAAUCCAUAGAUUAGGGCCUGAUGAAUUACUUUCAAUUGACAGAUUUCCUUAUAUGAACUGUAACUCAGUAAAAUCGUUGAUAUUGUUGCAUGUUGAGUUUAUGUUUUUGUUCAGUGUAUUUACAUUGUGUGCACAUGCUUCAUGUGAUAGAAAUCUGAACAUACUACCUGCGCUUUGAAAAUUUGGAUUAAUUAUAAUUUCCUGUGGAUAUAUUGUUUUGAAUUUAUUCCUACAUAAUGACUAACCAUGUAGACUAACUGGUAGAGAAAGUUCAAAUGUAAUUUUAUCCAACAUCCAGGCUUGUAGAGGUCCUGAGAGGACCAUUUCAAACACAAACACUGAAAUGUCCCAGACGGUGGAUUUAGAAAUUCUUCCGUUUGGUCCCCAGGCAAGUGUGGAGAGAGCGCCUGGGGCUCUGCUGAAUGCUUUUAGGGUAUUAAACCCUGGCUUAAGAGCUUGCAGAGCAGGUGCAGCAGCGUCAGAACCCAACAUGGUGAAUAUGGCUGAAAGUUUAAAAGAGAUGGUGCACUGUAACUUUUAUAAGGAGGAGCCAUGUGAAAAUUCUGGCUUAGUUUACAUCUCUAUCACAAGAGGGCAGUACAGGCUUUGUGUGUGUGUGUGUGUGUGUGUGUGUGUGCGCGUGCUUUUGACCAUUUGAACAUUGUUAUUUAUCAGGCUUGAACUUGAACAUGUUGAUGUUACCUGGCUAAUUAUUCUCAUGAUAAAUUUGCAGUUGAAGUCUGAAGUUUACAUACACCUUAGCCAAAUGUAUUUAAACUCAGUUUCCCACAAUUCCUGACAUUUAAUCCCAGUAAAAUUCCCUGUCUUAGGUCAGUUAGGA